AUGGUGGGCGCGGGGCCCGCGUCACGCCGAGCAGCGGGCAGAGCUCGCGGCGCCCUCCAUCCACGCCCGGCCGGGGCGCGGGGCGGUGGCGGGCGCAGAGGCUGCGGGCCGAGGCAGGCCGACCCGCGCACUAGCCCGGGCGGCCCGCGGGCCGGGGGAGCGGUGGGACGGCGGCAGUGGCUGCAGUGGCGGCGGCAGCGUGGAGCCAGUGGGCGCAGCCGCGCGCCAGGCCGGCGGUCGGUUUUGGGGGAGUCUGGAGUCGGGAGUGAGGAGUUGAGGAAGGAGCGCUCGAGUUUCCGAGGGACAUUGGAACGCAGAGCUGUCCGUCACGCGCUCAUCUGCAUAUUCGGGUCCGCCUCUCGCCCAGCCCUAGCCCCGCGGCCCUCGGCCCCACCACCUGAAGGGGCCAAGCCGUGCGGCUCGGCUCGCACCCCCUCCCGCUGGUCUGUACUCCCAGCCGGGCCCCCCACUCCCGCCUUAGCCACCUUCUCACCUCCCCCACCCACCCCCGCCACCCUGUCCCAAUGCAGCCACUGGCCCGCCUCCCGGCUCCGCACGCGAGGACUAGAAAGAGGCCUCCUGCAGUCUGGCCGGGCUGGUAGGCUUGGUGGAGGAACAGUCCGAGCCCCCCUCGUCACUCGGAACAGGCCCACCCAGGUGACUGCGCGCCGGACCCCAGUGUCCCCGCCGAUAGCUUUCGGGAUGAUGGGGGGUGGGUCUGAAGGCACAGGCAGCCUGAGACAUCCUGGGGGUGGCGUGCGCGGCUCUUACUUCCACCUUCCUGGGUCCACUCCGCUUCCCUGUGGGAGGCGCCCCGCGUGGCCUCGCGUCUGGUCGCCUGCCCCGCGCCACUCAGCGUCUCCCCGUGGGACCCGGAUCCGGGGCGCCUUCGCCGCGAACUGCCAGGAGAGCCCUGAGGGGAAUGACUGUCACUGGACAGACAGACCGCCUCCCCGACCCAACGUGAAGCUCAGGACCGGUGGCUCGGGAGCAGUCGGCAGCGCAGGUAGCUCAGGGGCAGAAAAGAAAACAGCGAAUUAUUACAAAAACAUCCCCCGUUUGGAGCAAGGGAGUUCGCUCGGAAUACACUCGAUUUUGACAUCAAUUAAGUAUCUAACCAGACAAGUGCACGUGGCUUUGGAGGGUCUCCCCGUCGCCCAGGUGGCCGAUGCACCUAGAACAAGGUGGUGUGAAGGUGUACGUUUUCUGGAGCCGGGUUCCCCGCGAGGCUAAGCCCUGAGAAACGCCUGAAAUGCGGCCCGGACUCCAGGGUUCUCCCGGAAAGCGGCGGCCGCGGGCCCAGGCGCUCUGCAGACGAGGCACGACCUGGCUGCUCCAGCCGCCGGGAGCCCGGAUAGGCGCGGGCUCGAAGUCCUGCUCGCGGGCGGCGAGGGGGCGCUGUGGCCCGCCGCUGCGGCCUCGUCCCUGCAACAGUGGCCCCAGCGACGUCCCCAGCCACCGACGGGUGGCGGGCGCUCCUGCCUAGACCCGACCUACCUCUUCCUAUGAGGUUUAAUUCGAGAAAGAACAAUUUUAUCAGGCAUUGCAAUAAAACCUAC